AUGAUGUUGUGUCUUGGUCUGCAGCCCAUGGGGUCAGAGCGGGUGGAGAUGCGCAAGAGACAGAUGCAGGUGCACCAGGAAGCUGCUGCCAGUGUUCUCCAAACGCAGCACGGGAUGGGGAACUCGCCCACCAACGCCUGUUGCUUCUGCUGGUGUUGUUGCUGCAGCUGCUCCUGGUAGGUACCACCAUACCAAAGAUUUGAAAAAGAAACCAAGAUAGACCACAGCCUGUCGUUUCCAAUGGGAACAGAUGAGUCAUAGUGGGCAGAACAAGCAAGGAGGUGGGCCGAGCCAAGCACGAGCUAGCGAGGUUUCCUAUUGGCCCGUUCUAAGAAACAUCUGCAUAUUUCCGUUAGGGAACGCCUACUUUGUGAAAUGCGCGUGUGCAAUAACUCAAUUCGCCUUUGCAGUCCUAAACAACGCAAUUUUUUAAAACUUUGGCAAAGGCUAAAAUCUACUAAACGUAAUCCACUCUGUUCAUAACAGAUUCUAGUUUUGGGAACGGAAAACUGUAUUGAGAUCAAAUGCUUCAUAGAUGAGAAAAUUUGCAGAAUGUAGGCCAAAGUCCAUCUCCUUUCAUCUUCUCCCACUGCCAUAUUUGGUAGUGAGCGGAAACGCCAAGCGGAUGCUUCAUAUUAAUACAUCCAGUUAAAUAUCUGUCUCAUUGUUCUAUCUGUGACUAUACUGUCCAUAGUAAGGGGUUGUGUACCUAACAGCACCCUAUUGCAUAUAUAGUGCACUUCUUUUGACCAGGGCGCAUAGGGCUCUUGACAAAAGUAGUGUACUACAUAGGGAAUAGGGUGCCAUUUGGGACUCAACAGGGCCUACCGUAAUGAGAUUCCAUACCAUGCUCCUACCAACACUCCACACUCCUAUGCUCCAUAUACUCUGCACAGGACACAAACAGCAGAGCAUGAAAACUGAGCAUCUGCGGUUACACACACAGUCUCAGUGGGAAAAAACCCACAGGGACAUUUAUGUUAUGGAGUUAUUGACGUCUACGUAAGCAAGUUAUGCCUCUUCCUGUUGUGUCCAGAAUAAGAGCAUGCUAAUUCAGUCCCCAUUGAGUGGGAAUAGUCUGUCUCCACAUCAACCUCAGUUCAGUAAUGCUAAUUGUUGCAGCGCUACAGUGUGUGGCUGGGGAGCACAGUUGUGGUGGAUUCUCACAUGGCUUUAAUUAGGCUACAGAUGACUGCUACACCAGGUGUUUCAACACAUCUCCAAGGACUGGAUGACCGUAGUGUUUACGCAAGGCCCCCUUGCAGAGCUCACGAAGCAGGAUGUGCACCUCCCACCACUUUUUUUUUCAUAGUUUGGAACAAAUAACAUGCCUCUCUAUCUGCUACCCACCACACCAAUUGACAAUAGCUGAGACACAUACAUUGUACAUUGAUACAUUUUCUAUUUAUAUUGUUUUUCAUUGUUUUUCAGUCUGACUGUUAGGGCGGAGGAUGAGAGGAUAAAAAAAACCACCUAUGAGAGGAGAGCAGAGGAAAUCGCAAACUGUGAUGACAGGUAACAUCUGGAAUACUCUGGUCACCACUAGCAAUCAACAUCAAAAUAAUAUAACUAUAACACUUCACUAGUUCAAGAUUUCAGUCAAUCAGAUGACUAUGGUUGUAAGAUUAUGCAUAUCAUUGAUUAGAAUAUUGUAAUAACUACUGUAUAAUAAUGAUAAUCAGCUCUACACAAGUAUAUCUCCUAUAGGGCUAGCCACAUACUACAAGAAAAACAAGAAGAGAGAAUAUAGUUGAGACUGUGAUGAGUGUGAUAGAAGGAGUCAGGCGCAGGAGGGUAUAUCACCGAAUACAGAGUUUAUUCCGUCGUACACAAUUGCGCUGGAUAGCGACAACAGAAAACAGGCCAUGGGGAAACCAUCUACCCUGGCAAUACAAGGUACGGGUAGCUCCAACAAUAUACAGGCACAGGGGAAAUAUCUACCCCGGCAAUACAAGGUACGGGUAGCUCCACCGAGCUACACUACUCUCACAAUAAACAAUCACCCACAAGGACAAGGGGGCAGAGGGAACACUUAUACACAGACUAAUGAGGGGAUAAGAACCAGGUGUGUGUAAUUGACAAGCCAAGACACAUGGAAUGAUGAUAUAUGGAGCGGCAGUGGCUAGUAAGCCGGUGACGACGAACACCGAAGCCUGCCCGAACAAGGAGGGGAGGCAGCCUCGGCGGAAGUCAUGACAGAGACUGUUUAAUGUCGACUUUAAAUGGGGUCUCUAGAGAAAGAGAUCCUAUUAAAUUACAUAUGUAAUUUUAUGUUCUGAGUAAUUAUAUGUUCUGAGUUCCAUAUGUAAUUCUAUGGAUCUAGAGCUGAAACAAUGACAUUGAACAGUCUCAACGAUAUCUAUUAUAUGAAAUAAAGAGCAUGGUCCCUCUUUUGUAGCCCCAAGCCUAUUCUGGAGGAUGCGAUGACAUGGACCAUGUCAUUUGAGAGGCUGAUGAAGAGCCCUGCAGGGCGGGGCUGCUUCCGCCAGUUCCUGAGGACAGAGUUCAGUGAAGAGAACAUGAUGUUCUGGUUGGCCUGUGAGGAGCUCAAGAAGGAGACCAACAAAACUGUGGUGGAGGAGAAAGUACGACAGAUCUACGAGGACUUCAUCUCCAUCCUCUCCCCUAAAGAGGUGAGCUUACACCGCCCUUGCCAUUUAUAAGACUGAGGUGGUUUACUCUAAUUGUGCUAUAAGUUCAAGCUAUAAGCCUAUAAUGUUUUCUCUAUAGAGUAUUAUUUUCUCUUUAAAUGGUCAUUUCCUUCCUUGUCCAGGUGAGUUUGGACUCGCGUGUUCGAGACGUGAUUAACAAGAACAUGCUGGAGCCAACGUCGCACACGUUCGAAGACGCCCAGCAGCAGAUCUACACGCUGAUGCAGAGAGACUCAUACCCACGCUACAUGAACUCUACAGCGUAUGCAGAUCUACUGCAGGACCUGGCCGAACCACCACCUGCCACAGAGCCAUAG